AUGCAUGAACGCUUCAUGCCAUAUGAGCUUGGACGCCAAUUGCAGCGCUUCCACGACGACCAUCCCGGGCUGCUUACCAUGCUCACAGACAAGGACUGGGAGUGGAUUCGCGACGUGUGCUCAAAGCCGCCAACUCAGCCAGAUGAAGAACGAUACCCUGCUGAGUGGGCUACUAGCACAGAAUCUAUCAGCAAUGUGCUGCCCCGCUGGCGUAGAUAUAUGAGGAGUAAGCAUCCUUAUAAGGGAUUUAUCGCUGAACGUAGACGCGCAAGAGUCAUGGAUAAGCAUGAUCCGAGACUCAAAAUGAACACGAAUGACAGGCCUGACCUUGAAGGACAAAACAUUGGCCAGAAGAAACCCACUGAGAUGAAUCAGGAUGUUGGAAGUAAGGUCUCAGAUGAUGUUGACUCUGAACAAGAGGGCGUGGAUCAGUAA